CACCCAAUUUGUGACAGCAAGUGUUACUCUGGUAUCCUACCAGGAUCUCUUUGGUGGAUUCGCGCUGAUCGCCCACACCCAUUGCCCUCGGGAGAUCUGAUAUUAAAUAUCCAUCGAUCCCUCUCGUCCUUCAAAAGCCGUAUAUUCGCAGGCGUAUCUUGAAAGGAAUAGGUUCAAUCACUUCAUAAUAUACCACCGGUUCAGUGAAACAUACGAAAGCCCUCAAAGUAAUCAUCUAAUUAACUUACAUCGAUCUCUUGCAUUCACCUAUUUAUCAACAUCUUUUCGAACUUUACAAUAUCCGGCGUUAGACACAUUCGAUCUUGAUCCGCUUCAUAUAGGGUUAUGAAUCUCUCCAGUCUUGUUCACGAGCGAAGAAAUCACCAACAUCACUUUUCUCAUUAUAACAACACACCAGAAGCAAUGGCCUCAUCGAUGGUUUCAAAUCCCUACACAGUCCAUCCCAUGGCUCAACACUCUCCCUACACAUACGUUAACGCCCCUCAACCACCACCUUCACCACCCGUCGACGAAACUUCAAAGUGUUCCCUACCAUCCAUUUCAAGUCUAUUGGGUUUGGCCGAUGGAUCGAGUCCUACAGAGCAAGCUCAGCAACAGUCAUCGCCACAACAAGCAGCUUUCAAGGAAGAUUGUAGACCAGAGUCUGGACAUCAGUACGGUCCAUCCUCAGCAAUGAGCUCUCGAGGUGCUCUUCCACCCACACCUCCAAUGCAAUCUGAUGGCGGCUUCGACGGCAGACAUUCACCGUCUCAAGCAUCUAGUUCAUCAUAUUCAGUAGUCCCUGCGCCAAAUUAUUAUUUUAAUCCUUCUCAAGUCUCGGCCAUCAACAACAUGGAGCCUCAUGCACAACGUCAACCAGUCCAAACUGUUACUCGAAGAGUUUCAAUGCCAGUGUCUUCAAUGCAAUAUGGUCAUUCACCGUUCAACGGAUCGUACACUAUGUCGCCUGGCGCCCAAUCUUUGAGCUCUUACUACCCGAGCCCAAUACAAACACAAUCUCCUCAAGUUUCUGGACUAUACUAUCAAAGACCACUCCCACAGCAAUUCCCUCCACCAAUGAUGCCAGUGUCUGUGACCCUGACUCCAUCAUCCGGUGCUAAUCCGUGGCAACACCAUCAUUAUAUCUCCCCUUCGUCAGCAGCCUCAUUUCCUCAGUCACAAGAUAGAUAUAUCUGUCAGACUUGCAACAAGGCGUUUUCGAGACCAUCGAGUCUCCGAAUUCACAGCCACUCGCACACUGGCGAGAAGCCCUUCAAGUGUCCACAUCAAAACUGUGGGAAAGCCUUCAGCGUUAGGAGUAACAUGAAGAGACACGAGCGAGGUUGCCACAGUUUUGAGAGCGGCUCAAUGGUCUGAGUGCUACCUACAGGGGUCGGGCGGUGAUGGCCUAUUGUCUUUUUUUUUCACUUGUCAAUAAUGUAUAACUAUCUGGGUAUUGUGUGGUAUGGCUUUCCUUAAUCACGAUACCCGCCCUUUUGGUCUAUAUUUCCUAUUCUUGGGAGGAUUUGUAUAUUUAUGAAAGGCGUUUGGAAACACUGGAGGCUGGAUAAUAUCUGCGGUCCGCAUUUACAUGGGCGUUAAUGGCUAUUAGUUUCUCUGAGGUUACGAGAGAACGGAUUUGAAUGUAAAGACAAGGAUGAGACGAAGGGAUCGCAAGGUCUCGAGGUUGCCCUGGAAAGAGAAAGGAAUAGGAAGGCGGAAAAUCUUAUAAAGAGAUGCUUGGAAAUACAUCACCAUUCUGUAGAGAAUAGAUAGAUGAUAGUGUAAAAUAAAAGUAAGGGAAUCAAUUCAAAAGCAUUACCUG